CUCGACUACUUCGUCCACGACAACAGUUCGCGCCAGCCGCCAGAUGCGCAGCGUAAUCGUAGUUUUAUAUUUAUAUUUAAUAACUUAAAAAUCCCCAGUAUAAAUGUAGUAUUAGGCAAAGUGCAUUGCAUGAUAAUUGAUAACAGUCAAUGUCGUGUUAGCGGCUGGUCGUCAGUGGGCGAAGAACGUCUGACGCGAUUGAUUCGUUUAGCGUUUUUUACUAGCCAAAUUCUUUAUCUACGGUUUGAUGUUUAAUGUUUAUGAAUUAUUUAUCCGUGUUCGUAUAUGUACCUAUAAUAUUUUUUUAGCGUUAUUGUUUCUGUAUUUUUGUAUUUUUCUCAUAUUUUCAAGUUUUAGUUAAACAAUAAGAAAAGUAGGCAAUUUCCAGUAAUAUAAUUUUAAGGGCACCGAAUAAAAUCCAUUAUGAUUGAUAAAUAUACGGCGAUAAUAAACGUACAUGUAGAAGACGUUGAAUGUACUAUAUCUAAAAUGAGGACAAUUCAGUUUAGCUCCAGUCUUUGUACAACGAUCGAGACCUACACCAAGGAAAUUAAACCACCCCGUAUUAUAUACUAUAUAAGUCCGUCUUCUCAAGAAAGAUAAAAUGAAGAUUAACAUCAUUUUUAUUAUCAUGCUGGUACAAUUUUUUGUAAAUUGUUUGAGUGCUCCAGUAGAUAAAUAUAUGGAGGGUCUUGGAAAGUUUUGCGGCUCAAAGUUGGCAAUUGAACUUUCCAUCUUGUGCAAGGGGAAGUACAAUGAAGCUAGAGGAAAUGUAAAUCGGCGCCCAAAACGUGGUAUUAUCGAAGAAUGUUGUUUGACAAGUUGUACAAGAAAAUUUUUAAAAGAUAAUUAUUGUGCAUCUGAAUUAACUGUACCAAAAAUAAAACAAACAAUGGAAAAGCCGACAACUAGUUCAAAGAUAAAAAACAAAACAAAACAAAAAAUAGAUUAUUUCAGUGUAUUAUUUAACCUAGCUUGGAAUGUCGGUGAAGAGGUUGGUAUGAUAAGUAUACCAAGUGACCAUCAACAACUUAAGUAA